ACAUGGGGUUGAAUUGAACAAUUUACUCAGAACUAAGACUCAGAACUUAUCUUUGGCUACCUUUCUUUUCAUAUAUAGGAAUUAUUAAAGAAAGUAAGGGACCAAAGACUAAUAGCCCAUAUAAAUGAAUAGAUUUUCUUUCAUUUAACCCACCAUUCUUCUCAACUACCCCUCUUCAAUAUUCUAUUCUAAUUUACUUGUUAUUGUUUGCAUAUCAUCACCUUUCAAUUUUGCAGUAAGAUAAAUUCUCAGUUGUGAUUGAUGGUCGUUCAACUCUUCAACACGGCAAUCAUAAUGGAUGAAAAGGUGGAAACUCUUAAAGCUGAGUUACAACGAGUGAGAGAGGAGAACAACACUCUAAGACUGAUGCUUGAAGUUCUAAACAGCAAGUGCACAAAGCUUGAGAUCCAUCUUCAAGAGAUAAACAAGGCACAACACAAGGGCAUGAGUUCAAAUCAAAUAGGGUCAGUAACAGUACCACCUAUGUUUGAUACAAACAAGAGACCGAGACUAGAGCUUCCCACAGCAAAAAAGCCAUUACAAAUCUUUGUCAGAACACACCCCAAGGAUGAUAGUUUGAUAGUAAAAGAUGGCUAUCAGUGGAGGAAGUAUGGGCAGAAGGUUACCAAAGACAAUGCUUCACCAAGAGCUUAUUUCAGGUGCUCCAUGGCUCCCAUGUGCCCAGUCAAAAAGAAGGUGCAAAGAUGCUUACAUGAUAAGUCAAUCGUUGUUGCAACUUAUGAUGGAGAGCACAACCAUGCGGCCAUUCAUGAGUCAUCUUCAUCCACAUCUAAAGGCUCAUCACCAGUGGUUAAUAACUUACCUCUGAUGACAAGCAUAUUAAAUGACAAAGAACCCAUGAACAUUGGCUUGGCUCUUUCAGGGUGGUCUCAAACAGAUCAUAGGAGACAUUGUGAAGAUGCCAUGCAACAGAAUAAUAAUAAUGGUGGUAGCAACAUCAGAAUUGAAGAAUAUGUAAGUUCUCUAAUAAAAAAUCCUGACUUCUCCAUGUCAUUAGCUGAAGCAGUUGUCCGCACCAUCACUGGCCAGCAAAAGCAACAAGAUAUAAACCUUAAUUUGGAUCUUCCUGAAGAGUGAAAUCAAUCAUUUUUUCCCCAAAAGCAAUAAUGCAAGUGUAAAGAUGAGUUUUAGUUCAGUGAAUUGUAGGCCUAUAGCACUAAAAAAGUGAGGAAAGCACGGUUAAGAAACAUUUAGUUGUUUUCAUUUUCUGUUUCCACUUUAAUUACAAAAAUAUUAGUUUGUUUUUACUUUAUUUUCUGUUUCCAAUUUAAUUACAGAAGUAGUACUUUGUUUUUACUUUAUUUUCUGUUUUCCAAAGAGAUUGUAUAGGAACUAGAUAGUAAAAACAUCUUUAUUGUUCUGUUUUCA